AUGUCGGUCAUGUUGACAAAAUUCGAGUCCAAGAGCAACCGUGUCAAAGGACUUGCAUUCCACCCCACUCAGCCGUUGCUCGCUGCGUCGCUGCAUAAUGGAAGUGUACAGCUGUGGAACUAUCGUAUGGGUGUGCUGGUAGACAGGUUUGAGGAGCAUGAAGGUCCGGUACGAGGAGUUGCUAUCCACCCUAGUCGUGCGCUCUUGGUGACCGGUGGGGAUGACUACAAAAUUAAAGUCUGGGACAUUCGACCUCAGAGUAGGCGUUGCCUAUUCACUCUGCAUGGGCAUCUCGAUUAUGUCCGCACAGUUCAGUUUCACCAUGAAAUGCCCUGGAUCCUUUCAUGUUCGGAUGAUCAAACAAUUCGGAUCUGGAACAGCACAUCUCGUAACUGCAUAGCCAUCCUUACCGGCCAUUCGCACUACGUCAUGUCCGCCCAGUUCCAUCCUAAAGAGGACCUCAUCGUCUCAGCCUCGCAAGAUCAGACUGUACGCGUCUGGGAUAUCUCCGGUCUUCGCAAGAACACGCCGAAUUCUGCGCCUGGCACAUUCGAUACCUUUGACAAUUUCUCGACGGUCAAGUACGUAUUGGAAGGUCAUGACCGUGGAGUGAAUUAUGCUGCCUUCCACCCCACCCUCCCGCUCAUCGUAUCUGCUGCGGACGACCGGCAAAUCAAGAUAUGGAGGAUGAGUGACACCAAAGCAUGGGAGGUAGAUGCGUGCAGAGGUCAUUUCAAUAACGUGUCGACCGCUCUUUUCCACCCAAAACAUGAGCUGAUUGUCUCAUGUGGAGAGGACAAAACCGUGCGUGUCUGGGAUCUGACCAAACGAUCCGCAGUGCAGACUUUCAGAAGAGAGAAUGACCGGUUCUGGGUCUUGGCUGCGCAUCCCGAACUAAAUUUGUUCGCAGCUGGUCACGACAAUGGUUUGAUUGUCUUCAAAUUGGAGCGUGAGCGACCGGCCUUCGCGAUGCACCAAGAUACCUUAUUCUACGUGCGCGACAAGUACGUCAGAGCAUACGAUCUCAACACGGGAUCGGAUAUUGGUUUGCUUAGCGUGCGAAAAUUCGGGAGCCCAUAUGUUCCUCCUAGGACGUUGAGUUACAACCCUGCUGAGCGUGCAGUGGUCCUGACGAUAUCAUCCGACAAUGGCCUGUUCGAGUUGACAUCACUCCCGAAGGACGCUGUAGGAGAGGUGAAGGACUCUUCGACUGACGGAAAGAGAGGCCCAGGACAUGCUGCAAUCUUCGUUGCGCGUAAUAGGUUUGCGGUGCUGAACAAGACUUCUCAGCUCAUUGAAGUGCGUGACAUUUCCAAUUCCGUCGUGAAGACCAUCAAGGCGCCUGUUCAGACCAACGAGAUCUUCUACGGAGGAACCGCCAGCAUCAUACUCAGUUCUCCUACCUCUGUUGUGCUGUACGAUAUUCAGCAACAGAAGAGUCUUGCCGAGAUAACAACACCCCCGGUGAAGUAUGUUGUGUGGAGUGCUGAUGGAUCACUGGUUGCGCUGUUAAGCAAACAUACGAUCACGAUUGCCAACAAGAACUUCUCCCAGCAUACCCUCAUCCAUGAGACGAUUCGCAUCAAGUCGGGAGCUUGGGAUGAUUCUGGUGUAUUCAUCUAUUCGACCUUGAAUCAUAUCAAGUACUGCCUUGCACAAGGUGACCAUGGCGUGAUAUGUACCCUGGACAACCCUGUAUACCUGACCCGAGUGAAGGGUAAAACCGUAUAUUGCCUGGACCGCUCUGCCCGCCCUCGCACUAUCACUAUCGACCCUACAGAGUACCGCUUCAAACUCGCGUUACUGCGGAACAACCAGGAGGAAAUGUUAUACAUUAUUCGCACGUCUAAUCUCUUGGGCCAGAGUAUCAUCGCAUAUCUCCAGCAAAAGGGCUUCCCGGAGAUUGCCUUGCACUUUGUCCAAGACAAAAAUACGCGAUUCGAUCUGGCUAUCGAAUGCGGCAAUCUUGAUGUCGCUUUGGAAAUGGCUCGUGCUAUCGACCGACCUGAGUGUUGGGAACGUUUGGCACAGCAAGCGCUAAAGCAAGGGAAUCACAAGGUCGUGGAGAAGGCGUAUCAACAGACGAAGAACUUCGACCGGCUAUCGUUCCUGUAUCUAGCCACCGGCAGCAUAGACAAGUUGUCGAAAAUGCAGAAGAUCGCUGACGCACGGGGCGAUCCGAUGUCGAGAUUCCACAAUGCGUUGUAUGCUGGUGAUGUGCUCGGGAGAAUUUCUGUUCUGAGGGACGUUGGACUUCAUCCGUUGGCAUACCUGACGGCGAAGACAAAUGGCUUAGACGACGUUGCACUGGAGAUCCUGGGGGCUGCUGGUCUGGACGAAACGGAUGUGGACGACGUGCCUUCAUUCGGCCUGUCCGCCUUGAAACCCCCACCAGUGAUUACUCCAAUUGUGGAUCUCAACUGGCCUUCUAUCUCGACAGGAGAAAGCUUCUUCGACCGCGCACUCGCCAACGGGAACUUGGAGUCGGGAGGAGAUGUUCCGUAUGUCAAUGGGUACGACACUGCUGGUGCUGCCGCGUCGUCCGCGCUGGAUGAGUGGGCGCGGGAGGAAGAGGCACAAGAAGAGAUCGAGGCUGAAGAAGGCGCUUGGGAUCUGGAUGCUGAUGGCGAGGAAGCUCAUGAAGAAGUGGAAAAGGAAGAAGAGAUCCCUGAAGAGGAUGCUGACCUUGGAGCGGGUGCUGCACCUGGCGUUAGUGAGACAGAGCUCUGGACGCGCAAUUCACCAUUCGCUGCAGAUCACGUCGGCGCUGGAUCGUUCGAAACGGCCAUGCAGCUACUGAAUCGCCAAUUCGGAGUCGUCAACUUUACUCUUCUCAAGCCUCUAUUCCUCUCGAUAUAUCGGUCAUCACAUGCGUAUUACUCUCCGCUUGCGUCGCUACCGCCACUGCAAUUACACCUGCGACGCAACCCCGAGGAAGCAUCACCAAGUCGUGUCUUACCUAUCGCUGUGCGGUCGCUGCAGUCUAUCCGUGCAGAGUUGUCAGAAGGCUUCCGAGCUGUCUCGGGUAACAAGCUACUAGAAGCUCAGGCAGUAUUCCGCUCCGCUCUGCGGGCCCUCCUACUGGUGGCUGUAUCUUCAGAUGCCGAAGCGAAGGAGUGGCGUGAUGCGGUUACGUCUUCCCGGGAAUAUCUCCUCGGUGUCACGCUUGAACUCGAGCGGAGGCGCGUAGCACAAGAAGAGCCUGACAAUGUCCGACGCAGUCUUGAGUUGGCGGCGUACUUCACACAUUGUCAACUCCAGCCUCCACACAUGCAGAUUGCUUUGCGCAGUGCCAUUAGUGUCUUCGCGAAAGCCAACAAUCACGUCACAGCAGCGAGGUUUGCCAGGCGACUCCUUGAACUCAGCCCGGAUCCCAAGAUUAUUGCGCAGGCACGACAACGCAUUGCCGCUGGUGACCGCAACCCGAGAAACGCAGUGGAGAUCUCCUACGACGAAUUCACAGAAUUUGAGAUUUGCGCAGCGAGCUUCACUCCCAUCUACAAGGGUUCCCCUUCCGUUCGCUGUCCGUAUACGGAUGCCGCUUUCCUGCCCGAGUUCAAGGGAAAGCUCGACCCUCUUUCACAGCUCACGGAGAUCGGUGCCCCGUCUUCUGGUCUGCCCGCGCCACGGUCAUAG